UGGCCCAAGGAGCCCCAAGCUGCUACUAGGGGCAGCUCGCCUAGUGCGGGGACCCACUCGCAGCGCCCAGCAUCCGCAGGGUCCCAGCGCCGCAAACUACUCGCCCAGCUCCGCCCAGGUUGAGACCAGAGUUCUGCUCAGAACUUUCUGGUACCCAGCCCUGCCUCAGGAGCCCAGGCUACCCUGUCCCCUUAGCGUGGCUGCAAGCGUGGGGCCAUGAGCUGUCUUCUAAAUACUGUGGUCCCAAUGGGGCUGGUUCUGCUGGUGUGUGGAGCACAGGCCUUUUUCCUCCCCAACACCACGAGCCUGGAGAAGCUGCUGAGCAAGUACCAGCAGGCCGAGCCACACUCCCGGGCGCGCAGGGCCAUCCCCUGGUCCGACCGCCAAGAGAUCCUCAUGCUGCACAACAAGCUGCGAGGUCAGGUAUAUCCCUCUGCCUCCAACAUGGAGUAUAUGACUUGGGAUGAGGAGCUGGAGAGAUCCGCGGCCGCAUGGGCACAGGAGUGCCUGUGGGAGCACGGGCCCGCCAGCCUCUUGGUGUCCAUCGGGCAGAACCUGGCCGUGCACUGGGGCAGGUACCGCUCUCCUGGGUUCCACGUGCAGUCCUGGUAUGACGAGGUGAAGGACUACACCUAUCCCUACCCCCACGAGUGCAACCCGUGGUGCCCAGAGCGCUGCUCAGGUGCCAUGUGCACCCACUACACACAGAUGGUCUGGGCCACCACCAACAAGGUUGGCUGUGCUGUACACACCUGUCGGAGGAUAAACGUCUGGGGAGACAUCUGGGAGAAUGCUGUGUAUCUUGUCUGCAAUUAUUCCCCCAAGGGAAACUGGAUUGGUGAGGCCCCCUACAAGCAUGGUCGUCCCUGCUCCGAGUGCCCACCCACCUAUGGAGGCGGCUGCCGGAACAACCUAUGCUACCAAGAAGAGUCUAACAGUCAGAAACCGGAGGUGGAUGAGAUGAACGAGGUGGAAUCGCCCCCUGCUCCCGAGGAAAAACAUGUCUGGGUUCAACCCAGGGUGGUAAGACCCUCGAAGCCCAAGAAGACCCCAGCCGUCAGCUUCAUGACCCAAGUGGUCCGCUGUGACACCAAGAUGAAGGACACGUGCAAGGGAUCCACAUGUAACAGGUACCAGUGCCCUGCAGGCUGUCUGAACAACAAGGCGAAGAUUUUUGGAUCUCUGUUUUAUGAGAGUUCUUCCAGCAUAUGCCGAGCUGCUGUCCAUUAUGGCGUCAUCGAUGAUCGAGGUGGCCUGGUGGAUGUCACCAGGAACGGGAUGGUCCCCUUCUUUGUCAAAUCUCAAAAAAAUGGCGUGGAGUCCCUGAGCAAAUACAAGCCUUCUAGCUCCUUCACAGUGUCCAAAGUAAAAGAGCAGAGUGUGGACUGCCACGCCACAGUCGCGCAGCUCUGUCCCUUUGAGAAGCCGGCCACUCACUGCCCGAGAGUCCGGUGUCCUGCGCGCUGUGGAGAAGAGCCAUCCUAUUGGGCCCCUGUGUUCGGAACCAACAUCUAUGCUGACACGUCCAGCAUUUGCAAGGCAGCUGUGCACGCAGGUGUCUUCAGUGACGAGAACGGCGGCUACGCAGAUGUGAUGCCCGUGGACAAAAAGAAAAGCUACGUGGGCUCUCUCAGGAAUGGGGUGCAGUCAGAAAGCCUGAGUGCUCCUCAGAGUGGAAACGCCUUCCGGAUCUUCGCUGUCAGGCAGUGAAGAAUGUGGAGACCCGGGGAGAAGGGGCCGUCAUCUACCGGGUUUGGGGUCCUGCUUUCUAUCUGUACUUUGUCCUUUUGGGGUGGGGGUGGGGUUACAGAGAGUCAGGAAUCUUUCUUUCUGUGUCAUCGAAUGCCCUGUCCCUUUGUGGCCUCUAGCGAGGGUAACGUAGCGUUGUCAGUUUGUGAGCAGAAUGCCGUGGAGUCUCGGGUGGACAACCAAUGCCCAGACUGACCAGGCUGCAGUCCUCAUCUGGUCGCUCAUGUCCUUUCACCGACGCACUCCUCACCACGUUUGCUUUGGUGGGGGGAGGGGGAGGCGUUCGAACCCUUGAGGAUACAGGUUUGAGAUGUGUCACGAGUGGGACUCUUGUCUGGGUAGAGACGACAGCCCUAAAGUCACAGUAUAUCCUAUCAACAGAGAAAUAGGUUCUAUGUUUGCUGGUCAGACAGAUGGGCUGCAAGAGAGGCCCGGGGCAAGACUUGGGCUCUGCCCUGGUGGUGUCCUUUGCUUGUGUCCCCAACCCUCUUGGCAGUCACGUGCUUAUGUAUCCAGCAGAGCUGGUCUAUUUAAAGUUGGCAGCACUCCAGAGAUUUAUCUUGUCUUUGUCCUUGUCUGUGUGGCCUGUUUUCAAAUGACCUUUGGUCUCAUGGAGGACCGAUGCAUCAGGAGCCUUCCUUGUCUCCCUAUUCCAUGACCCUGUGGCUUCUGCCCCACCCCAGGCUGGUCUAGGUGUCCUCCCCUGGGACUUGGCUUUGCACAAGGCUCCAGGUCUAGAUGUCUGCUCUCUCCUUAGAACAAGAGCUGUCUCCCUGCUGCUGUGUGAAUGACAACUCAAUGUCACCUUCCCCUUAGUUUGGGUGACCUAGUUUUUUAGCUGUGGGAGGAAUGGAUUCCUGGAACAUUCCUCACGGAGGUUAAUGGAGUGGCUUGUGGUUGUAAAACCGCCCAUGACACGCCAGCCACCAGGGAGAGGGGCCGGGACACACAGGAAGGACUCCUGUUCCUAUUGGUGGAGCUCAGCUCCUGCCAGCAUCCCCACAGUUCCAAGAGUGUGGUGAGCCCUGGCUUCCAUCACUUAGGAACCUGGCCCAAACCCACUGUAAAAUGAAACAUGCUUUUGUAAACAGCUUACUCUAGCGAAGGUGAAAUCCCACCCCAGCCCUGGGGAUGUUGCAGAUUGCCCAUGAGCUCCGUGAGUGCUGGCUUCAAAUGGAGUUUCGUGGUCCAGUCAACUAUUUCCUAGGCAAAGAGAAACAAAAAAAGAAAAAGCAGAAAAUAAAACAAAAUGCUGCCCCCAAGGUACUAACUUAACAUUUGGCUUGGUGGCUGAUGACUCUUAUGGCUUCCAGAAGACCUGAGUUCCGUUCCCGCCUCUCACAAGCUGUUCACACCCACCUGUAACUCCAGGGGAUCUAUGAUCCCCACAGGUACCACACACAUACACCUGAAGAAAAGUAAAAUAGUUCUUUAAAAAACCCCAAGGGAGGGCUGGAGAGAUGGCUCAGAGGUUAAGAGCAUUUGCCUGCUCUUCCAAAGGUCCUGAGUUCAAUUCCCAGCAACCACAUGGUGGCUCACAACCAUCUGUAAUGAGGUCUGGUGCCCUCCUUCUGGUCUAUAGGCAUACACACAGACAGAACAUUGUAUACAUAAUAAAUAAAUAAAUAUUUAAAAAAAAAAAAACCCAAGGGAGUCUGAGCAAAGCUCCUCCCACAGGGAGCCAGGUGGACCUAGUUGGGUUAAAUAGUUGUUUAUUUGUUUGAGACAAGAGUUUUACUCUGUAGUCCAGGCUGGCCUUGCCUCAUCCUGUAGUCCAGGCUUGGCCUCCUGUGUGUUGAGAUAGCUUUCCCCAAGUCCAUCCCUUCCAGGGAGUUUAUAAAAAGGACACAACCUUGAGCCAGCCUCAGCUAGCCUUCCCUGGGCCUUUUCCACCUCACCUGCGUGAGUGUGGCAUCUCGGCAGGCAUCCACUCUUCCAGUCCAGAUGUCAGAGCACACAUCUGCUCAGCUUCUGGAGGGGGCUCCUGGUGGCUACCAACCAUCUGAGAAACUCCCAGCCGCAAGGAGUACUGUGGGACUCUGACUUCACCCAGCCUGCAGGGCAAGGUUGAGAUGGCAAAGGAAAAUUGCUCUGCUCCUGGGUUUCUAGAAGAAGCAAUCAAUCCCAUCUCCAGGGAAGUCUUGCUUUGAGGGCCUGCGUUAGGGUCCUGUUCGCUCCUCGACAGGCCCUUCCACCAGGCAGAAGGGCCUCACUGAUCCUCACCAAUAGUUAGAAACUGGAAGCCCCUUUCUUCAGAAAAAAAAAAAGAAAGGUGGAAACGAAACCAUGAAUGAUCUUAACAUCAGAGCACUUCUGACCCCAUGUGCCCAUCAGUUCUCCCAAGUUUAAAGUGACCACGCCCAUGCCAGCUGCAUCCCUGCUCUGUCCUGUGAUAACAACUUCCAUUUGCUUCCAAGUUGUGCCUGGUCUGUCCCGAGGGGUGUGUUGACUCUCCGUGAUCUGUAGGCUCUCUUGGCCCACAGUUUACUGUGUGCUUUUUUUUUCUAUGAAAAAUGAUAUAUUUUACAACUUCCUAUGUACAAAAGUUUAUUGUAAGUUUUUGUGCUUUGCAUGAAUAGGGCCACACUGGUUGUUGCUAUGGUUUCAAUAAAACUGAUUUGAUUUCUAA